UACAACAACGUUAUUUCCAAACGGGGACAGUAGGACUUCAGUUGUGAACAAGUAGCUACGCCAUAGCCAUGUGGUUUACUUUUUCUUUCACAGUGUGUGUCGCUAAUUUCUUUUGUAGUAUUUCUUUUGUUAAUGCGUGCCAUACGACUGGUACAAAUAUACCAGUGAUUGCAAAAUAUUUUAGCACUAAAGGCAGGUAUGAGGAAGUAAAUCCCUACUUGAUAGAGGACAUACUGGCUGUAAACAAAUCUCUUUUACAGCCCCCAUCUCCAGAAUGUCGCGGAAUUCAUCUGACCGCGAUUGUAAGGCACGGUACACGAUAUCCAACAAGCAAAAAUGUUAAAAAAAUGAGGCAACUCCACAACCUGAUCGUGCGCGAAGUCUCGGACCAGGAGGUGCAGCGUGAAAUAAAGCAAUGGAAAAUGUGGUACACUGACGAAAUGGACGGUCGGUUAGUACAGAAGGGUGUGGAUGAUCACAGGCAUCUAGCAGUCAGGCUGUCAAAGUUAUUUCCCUCAUUGAUAACCGAGGAAAAGCUUCGAGAUGGUAAUAUCAAGUUUAUGACAAGCUCAAAGCACAGAUGUGUGAACAGCACUAUGGCUUUCAAGGGAGGAUUGACACAGCUGUGGAAUAUUAAAGAUCAAAAUGUUGACCACGAGGUUAACGAUGCUCUUAUGAGAUUCUUUGACCAUUGUACCAAGUUUGUGGAGACAGUUGAGAACAACCCACCUGCUCUGGCUGAGUUGGAUAAAUUUAAGUUGGGGGCAGAGAUGACAAGGGUCCAGGAGAAGAUUGCAGACCGACUCACUGUCCCUUAUUCACGCAUCACUGCAGAUAUGGCUGAGGCUGCAUUUUACCUGUGUGCGUACGAGUUUGCAAUCAAGACGGAAAACUCUCCCUGGUGUCAACUGUUUGAUGAGGUAGACGCACAGGUUUUGGAGUAUGCAAAUGAUCUGAAGCAGUUUUGGAAAAGAGGUUACGGUCACGACAUUAACAGCAAGACAAGCUGCAUCCUCUUCCAUGAUGUUUUUAGUCGUCUGGAAAGAGCUGCCGGAGAAAGCAGAUCCGGGGAGAAAGUGACAGAAGCUGUUACCAUCCAGGUGGGCCAUGCCGAGACACUUCUGCCCCUGCUUACCCUCCUAGGCUUCUUUAAGGACAGUGAGGCCCUGACCUCUACCAACUACGCCACACAGAGCCAGAGAUCCUUCCGCACCAGCCAGAUGCUUCCCUACACAGCCAACCUGCUCUUGGUGCUCUACGACUGUGGGGACCAGGGCCUGAGGCUGCAACCAUUCCUGAACGAGAGGCCCCUAGCCUUCCCAGGCCUGGGUGCCAACAAGGGCUAUGCCCCACUCUACAAAGAUGUCAGAGAGCACUAUAAGUAUCUGCUAGAUGGCUGUGACUUUGAAACAGAGUGCCAGCUGUUUCCACCUCAUUAAAUGGAUCGAAUGCUAUCAGGCAUCCCUAUUCAGGAAUUGAAUAACAGUGUACAAUGCUUCAUGAUAGUCUGGUUGAAAAAGAUUGUUAUACCUAAACAUAAGUUAAACGUUAGCUACCAUAAAAUUAUACAGGAUGACUGAAAACUAUUUGGAACUGUCCACAGAUUAGACACAUAGGUGACCAAUUGAAAUGAGUCCUUUCAGAUCUUCAGGACGUGUUCAGACGAUGCCAAAUCCUUCCAUUUUAAGUGUUAUCAGUUGCUUUUGGAAUGUAAAACUCCAUUAAGUGAUUACUAUAAUAUAC